UUUGAGAAACUCAAAGAGAAUCGUUUUUGCACACAGAUAAAGGAACUUACAACUCAAAUCUCUCUCCCUCCCUCCAAACAAAAGUUUGAUGGAAACAUACCAAAUUGGUCGCCAUUAAUGGGGUUCACUGCUGAACUCCACAAGAUUUCUUUCUGGGCUUGAGUGUACUCUGUUUCUUCUUGACUAUCCCACCACCAGGUGCUGCCACCUGCACCGCCGCACAGAGAGGAGGGAAGCAGGAGGCUUUAUCUCCGGCGAGAAGCGAUACCUUUUUGUUUACAUGCAAUGGAUAUUCAAGAAGACCAGAUUGUGUGAUUUUGAAGCAUUCCGCACCACCACCCACAGGAGUAGUUUCUUCACACAUGCAGGUUGUCCCUGUAGUGUGGGCUUCCGCCACCGCCGCUCUUGACCUUAAGUAAGAAAUCCCAUUUCCAGGCCUCAAAUGGAGACUAAAACAAGCCAUUUUCCUCACCCUUUGUUCUCCUUCUUUUUCCUCUGGUUUAGUUUAAUCUUUAGAGCACAACAAGUUCACUCUCUCUCUCCUGAUGGACAAGCCCUUCUCUCUCUCCUCUCAGAUGCUGACCCUUACUACAAAAAAUCAUCACAUGUUCUCUCUUCUUGGAGCCCUUCAAGCCCAACCCCAUGUUCAUGGCGGGGGGUCACUUGUUCACCCCAAGAAAGAGUUAUUUCCCUAUCUAUUCCCAAUACAUUUCUCAAUCUUUCUUCACUUCCCACACACCUCUCUUCCCUUUCCUCACUUCAGCUCCUCAACCUCUCCUCCACCAACAUUUCUGGCUCAAUCCCUUCUUCAUUUGCCUCUUUCUCUCAACUUCGCCUCUUGGAUUUGUCCUCAAACUCUCUCUCAGGGCCUAUUCCAUCAGAGCUGGGAAAACUCACUGCCCUUGAAUUCCUCUUCUUGAACUCAAACAGAUUGACUGGUUCAAUCCCCCAACACUUUGCUAAUCUUUCUUCACUCCAAGUCCUCUGCCUCCAAGAUAAUCUCCUCAACGGGUCGAUUCCUAUGCAAUUAGGUUCAUUGGUGUCUCUCCAGCAGCUUAGAAUCGGUGGGAAUCCGUAUCUGACCGGAGAAAUUCCGCCCCAGUUAGGCCUUCUGACCAAUCUCACAACAUUUGGUGCUGCUGCCACUGGGCUCUCUGGUGUUAUCCCACCUACAUUUGGCAAUCUGAUCAAUCUUCAGAUGUUGGCCCUUUAUGAUACCGAGGUUUUUGGUCCAAUACCGCCUGAAUUAGGCUCCUGCUUGGAGCUGAGAAACCUGUAUCUGCACAUGAACAAGCUCACUGGCUCAGUCCCAUCCCAGCUUGGCAAGCUGCAAAAGCUAACUAGCAUGCUGUUAUGGGGCAAUUCGCUCUCGGGUUCAAUCCCUCCUGAGCUUUCCAAUUGCUCGUCACUUGUGGUUCUUGAUGUGUCUGCAAACGAUCUGUCUGGUGAAAUUCCGGGUGAUUUGGGGAAGCUAGAUGUUCUUGAACAGCUGCAUUUGUCUGAUAAUGCACUGACCGGCUCAAUUCCAGGGCAGCUGAGCAAUUGCACGAGUUUAACAGCUCUUCAGCUCGAUAAAAACCAGUUAUCAGGUCCAAUCCCGUGGCAAAUUGGUGAACUGAAGAACUUGCAGAGUUUUUUCUUGUGGGGAAAUUCUGUCUCUGGAACUAUCCCUCCUGCAUUCGGAAACUGUACAGAGCUUUAUGCACUGGACCUAUCCAGGAAUAAGCUUACAGGUUCCAUACCAGAAGAGAUAUUCAGCUUAAAUAAGCUGAGCAAGCUGUUGCUGCUGGGAAACUCGCUAACCGGUGGAUUGCCACGCAGCGUGGUGAGAUGCCAAUCGCUUGUGAGACUGAGGCUUGGUGAGAAUCAGUUAUCAGGUCAGAUUCCUAAGGAGAUUGGUGGAUUGCAAAAUCUUGUGUUUCUUGAUUUGUAUAUGAAUCAUUUUUCUGGAAGUUUGCCUUCUGAAAUAGGUAAUAUCACGGUUUUGGAGCUGUUGGAUGUGCACAAUAACUACAUAAUGGGUGAUAUACCGUCUCAGUUGGGGGCCCUUGUUAACAUAGAGCAGCUUGAUCUUAGUAGAAAUAGUUUCACUGGUGAAAUUCCUGAGAGUUUUGGUAAUUUUAGUUACUUGAAUAAGCUUAUCCUGAACAAUAACCUGCUCACAGGGGAAAUCCCAAAGUCUAUUAGGAACUUGCAGAAGAUAACUUUACUUGAUUUGAGCUUCAAUAGUCUUUCUGGCCUAAUCCCACCCGAAAUUGGCUCUUUGACAAGCUUGACAAUUAGUUUGGACUUUAGCUCUAACAGAUUCAUCGGUGAUAUUCCUGAGACGAUGUCUGGCUUGAGGCAGCUGCAAUCGCUCGACCUCUCACAUAACAUGCUGAACGGGAGGAUCACUGUUUUAAGUUCUCUUACCAGUCUCACAUACCUCAAUGUUUCUUACAACAACUUCUCGGGACCAAUCCCUGUGACUCCAUUCUUCCGAACUUUAACGAUAAAAUCUUUCCUUGAAAAUCCAGACCUGUGUGAAUCUCUUGAUGGCUACACUUGCUCUUCCCAUUUGAUGAGAAGAAAUGGAUUGAAGUCGGCCAAAACCCUAGCUCUUCUAGGUGUGAUUCUGACUUCUGUGGUAAUGGCAGUUGUCGCAGUCUGGAUUCUGGUAGCACGGAACCAUAAAUACGUGGUUGAGAAGUCGUGCAUGUCGAGCUCCUCUACAGAAGAGGAUUUCUCAUAUCCAUGGACUUUCAUUCCGUUUCAGAAGCUUAACUUCACGAUAGAGAACAUCUUGAACUGUUUGAGAGACGAAAAUGUUAUUGGCAAAGGGUGUUCAGGGGUUGUUUACAGGGUGGAAAUGCCGAAUGGUGAGUUGAUAGCAGUUAAAAAGCUAUGGAAAACGAAGAAAGACGAAGAACUAAUAGACUCUUUUGCUGCGGAAAUUCAAAUUCUUGGACACAUUAGGCACAGGAAUAUAGUGAGGCUACUGGGAUAUUGCUCGAAUAAGAGCGUUAAGCUUCUUCUCUACAACUACAUACCGAAUGGAAACCUCCAACAGCUUUUGCAGAAUAACCGGAACUUGGACUGGGAAACCAGGUACAAGAUUGCAGUUGGAUCAGCUCAAGGCCUUGCUUAUCUUCACCAUGAUUGCUUGCCAGCUAUUCUUCAUAGGGACGUAAAAUGCAAUAACAUACUCUUAGGUUCCAAGUAUGAGGCUUAUUUGGCUGAUUUCGGACUUGCAAAGCUAAUGAACUCGCCGAAUUAUCAACAAGCAAUGUCCAGAGUCGCGGGGUCUUACGGAUACAUUGCUCCAGAGUACGGAUACACCGUAAACAUAACAGAAAAGAGUGACGUCUACAGCUAUGGGGUGGUUUUGCUCGAGAUAUUAAGUGGGCGUAGCGCCGUUGAACCUCAGAUAGGCAACAGCCUUCACAUCGUGGAGUGGGUGAAGAAGAAAAUGGGAAGCUUUGAACCGGCCAUAACAAUACUCGACUUGCAGCUCCAAGGAUUGCCUGAUCAAAUGGUGCAAGAAAUGCUGCAAACGCUCGGAAUCGCUAUGUUUUGCGUGAAUCAAUCACCGGCCGAAAGGCCGUCGAUGAAGGAAGUGGUGGCACUUUUAAUGGAAGUUAAAAGCCCACCAGAAGAGUCAGGGAAAACUUCUCAACCUUUAAUAAAACAGUCCUCAAAUCACAGCUGAUUGAUUUUUAUUUUAUUUUUACUUUUUGAGCUGUACUUCUUUUGGUUUUCUUACACUAUAUUUUUUGUUUUUUUUCAGUGUUGGGGGAUUAGUGAUUGAUUUUCUUUUGUAGGGUAGUUCAAAGUUAUGGUAGGAAAACCUCUGCUCCUUGAACUGGACAAUGGCUUUCUGAUCUUCCUUGUACAGAUUUAGUAACAUUAGUGCAUCUUUGU